GAAGACUAAGCAAAUGUUUAGUAAUAGUUCGGGCAUCUCAGAAGGAGCCAUGUUGGUUCUAAAAAAGAUUAUGCCCCCAGGUUAGCUCUAGAAUCCCUCAGUAAAUGUUUCUCAGGGUCUUACCUGACAUACACCACCUAAGUCACCCAUAAAGAUGUCUAGAAAACUCACAUAGUACAAUUCAGUCCAAGGCAACAAAGGGUCCUUGUGGGCUUUCUCUGUGUCAGGCAUUGCAUGGAUCCUGUGGGAAGAGGGUGCAAAUAUGAAGAAGAUAUAUCCCUUGGCCUCAACAAAUGCUAGGUAAAGGGUGGGAAGCAGAUACAAAGAUUCCUGAAGGUGGGUACGAGGCUGACUGGGGUAAGCCCACAGCAGAGAGGUCUAGACAGAGGAAUGCAGAAGCCCAGAGGAAAGAGAAAGGAUACCUAGGAAUAAAUUGCAAAAAUAUCACUUUUAUUGAUGAUUACUUUCCUUUUUAUUACUCUGAGUACUCAAAAACAUUGCUUACCAAUUCCGCUUCCAAAUGAACAUCGCGUGCCACACAGCAUAUGAUCUUUGUCCAAGGCAAAGGUCAAAUGGUAUUGCUAUCUGGAAAAUGUAUAAGCACGUGUGUCAGCAAAUGCUACCCAUUCAUUAUCUUUCUUAGGAGGGCAUCACUGGCAAUAGGUGUAGUUUUUUUUUUUUUUCAUGAAUGUGUAAAUACACGCCCUCUGCUGGGGCGGGCUUUGUGCCUGUACUUCUUCCACGGACUGACUCUAUUACACCAGCUCAGAACCCAAGCAGCUGGAUUGCCCUGGACUGCAGGUUUCCAAUGGCUGCCACAAUUUUGACCGGCUUUCCUCUGUUGUGUGUGUGUCUCCUGCUGACAUCUGGCUUUGCUGAGGCAGGCAAGCUGCUGGUAGUACCCAUGGAUGGGAGCCACUGGUUUACCAUGCGUUUGGUUGUGGAGCAACUCAUCCAAAGAGGGCAUGAGUUGGUUUUAAUCAUACCAGAGGUGAGUUGGCAACUGGGAAAAUCCUCCAAUUUUACGGUGAAGACUUAUUCCACAACUUACAAUCUGGAGGAGUUGAAUCAGAAGUUCAAGACUUUCUCCGAUUCUCAGUGGAAUAUUCGUCAACAAAGUAUACUUUCUAUGGUCUUAAAUUCAUCCAGUGACUUUUUUGAACACCUUUUUUUACAUUGUAAGAAUUUGUUUAGUGAUCCAAAAUUAGUAGAAUACAUAAAGGAGAGUUCUUUUGAUGCAGUGUUUCUGGAUCCUUUUGAUGUGUGUGGCUUAAUUGUAGCCAAGUAUUUUUCACUUCCAUCUGUGGUCUUCACCAGGGGAUUAUUUUGCCAUUUUCUUGAAGAAAGCACACAGUGCCCCAGUCCUCCUUCUUAUGUUCCUAGAAUUUUUUUAGGGUUUCCAGAUGCCAUGAGUUUCAGAGAGAGAGUGAGGAAUCACAUCUCCCACUUGGAGGAACAUUUAUUUUGCCACUAUUUUUUAAAAACUGCUUUGGAAGUUGCAUCUGAGAUUCUCCAAACAGCUGUCACACCAUAUGAUCUCUACAGCCAUACGUCAAUUUGGUUGUUAAGAACUGACUUUGUUUUUGACUAUCCCAAACCUGUGAUGCCCAACAUGGUCUUCAUUGGAGGCAUCAACUGCCAGGAGGGAAAGCCAUUGCCAAAGGGAGUCUUCAGGAGGGCCUCCUGUCAUGCAGAAUGACACCUGUUGAUGACCCCACACCCAGGGGCCGACAUGAGCCAGAGACCUCACAGAUGCAGUAAUAGAGG